CAUUUGUAAUAUUUACAAGACAUUUAUGUUUUUUGUACACUUUCUUGUGGCAUUACUUUCAUAUUAUUUUGAAUCUUCUUUUGGUUUCAAAUAAAAAAGACUAUGAUAUGUCGGAAGACGUGAAACAAAUGCAAGAUGAUGAACGUGAAGCGUUGGUGUCCAUCUAUGAAGGCGACGAAGCAUUCAAACAAGUUAAUCCAACGACAUUUCAGUACAAAUAUGGAGCAGAAGGUGAUGAGCAUACAUUUCUCGUUGAAGUCACAUGGAGUGCGGAGUAUCCAAACGAAGCGCCAACAAUAAAUUUAAAUGUAUUUUACAACCAGCAUUUAGUGGACGCGGUGAAAGAAAAAGUGUUAAAAGCAUUACACGAAGAGGCGGAACAAUGGCUGGGAUGUGGAAUGACAUACACACUGUUCGAGUGCCUUAAGGAUCGCAUUGAAGAGCUAAUGGAGGGUCAACCUCAGCACGUUAGCGACGAUGAGAGCUCAGAGAGUGAAGAAUCUGAUGAGUCUGACGAAUCAGAUGCAGACAUUGGCAAUUUAUCAAUAAGCGGACAAGCACCCAAAAAAGAAAAGUUAACCAAAGCACAAAAACGUCGUCAAUGGGAUCAAGCAGCUGUCGGAGGUGAUCGACCGAGAGGCUGGAAUUGGGUUGAUAUUGUAAAACAUUUGUCGCAGUGCGGCAAAGGCGAUGAAGCGGGUGCCGUUCCACAACACUAUGACGGAUGAACUAAUUGUGAACAAUUCACGUUAUCUUCCUUUUGUAAAUUUAUUGAAUAAACAAAAUUCUGAAUAGAUUUUAACAAUUUAAUAAAACCGUACAAGUUUGAAUAA